UAGACAUACUUCCCAGAUCCUAUAAAACCAGAGACGAUAUUUCAUUUCAGAAUUCUGACUUCUGAGAGCAACCCAUUUCGCAGAAGCCUAGAAGAAAUCAUGGGUCGGCCUUGUUUUCUCACUACUGCUCUUCUUGUUUCCUUCUUUAUGUUCCUCCUUUUCUCUCAUGGAUUCGGGAGAACCCUGAAGAGUACCAUCCAAGACGAAGAUUCUUCUGUCGAAGUAAAGGAAGUUGGUGGUAAUUCUAGAGAGAUUAUUGAAGUUAUGGAUUAUGAAGGACCACACCCAAACAAAAACGAGAGAGGUAUUAACGUCAGCCCUCCACCAACGUGAUCAAGACCGUACAAUCUCCGCAAAGAAAAUCAAGUCAUGAAAAUUAAUGGCUUACUUUUGCUUUCUGUUCAUGGUCAUGUAGUUUUAUUUUGUUAAAGAAGCUCAAGAGUUUGUUUCAUUAUAACUUAAUUUCCUCUCUC